AUGCAUCUACAUAUUCAUUUGUUCAUCUAUGUUCGUUAUUUAUCUUCCUAUCUCUGUUUACAUCUAACAAUUUAUCUUAACUCUUUAUCUAUCUAUCUAUCUAUCUAUCUAUGCCAUCUGUUCAUAUCUAUCUAUCUAUCUAUCUAUCUAUCUAUCUAUUUGUUACACACACCCCUUUUCUCUCUCUCUCUCUCUCUCUCUCUCUCUCUUUUACAUAUGUCUCUUUCUUCAAUCCUGGGUUUUUGUUCAUUUUUCUUUCUUUUCCAUUUCCUUCCCAUUUUUUUUUGUCACUUUUCUUUGUAUUAUCUUUUCUUUUUAUUUUAUUUUCCCCACUUUUCUUUUUCGUUUUUUUAUUGUUUCUUUUCUUCACUAUUUUUCUCUUCAAUGUCUAUAUUCCCUUUUUUUCCCCUUCUUUUAUGUUGGCUUUUCUUUCUUUUUCCUUUUCGUCUGCUUCUUCUUUAUAACCCAAUAUUUGAUGUUAUCUUCUCUUUUUAUUCUUCUUUUCUUAUAAAUUCUUUCUCUUUUUCUUUUUCUCUUUUUGUUUCUUUCACUUCUCAUUUUAUUCCAUUUCCAUUUUUCUUUUUCUUUUUUCAUAUUUUUCUUACGUUUUCUUUACCGUCUCAAGUUUCUCAUCCUUUUUUCUUUCUUUUUCUUCCUCCUUGCAUUCGUUUAUUUUUUCUGGGAAACUUUUUCUUUUCUUUAAUUUUAUCUCUUCUUCCAUGUUUUCGUAUCGUCUUCUUUCGUUUUGUCUUUAUUCUUCUUUCGUCUUCUUCACUCAUUCAUUUUUUCUUCGCUUUUCCUUCUUCAUUUCUUAUCUUCUUUUUUUUUAUAUGA